AUGGCGACGGAAGAGGUAGCAUGUUUCAUUGAACAAGUAAUCUACAGAUUUGGACGGAAGCUGGUGGUGCUUUCACCGACAUUUGAUCAUGACCUUUAUGACGGUGUAACACUACCACAUUUUCAUGCUGGAGGGUACGAGGCGAGGCUCGUUGCCCUGGGUUCAGACAAGCAAACUUUCUUGUUCCAUCCUGCAAUCUUUUAUGGACUCGGUCUUGGAACGAAAACUCAGGAUUCAGAGGGACCGCACAAUUAG